AUGACCUCUCUCCACUUUCUCCGCCCCCUCCAGUUCCUCCGGGCCGCCCACACCGCGGCCAAAACACGCAACAUCGGCAUCAUCGCCCACAUCGACGCCGGCAAAACCACAACCACAGAGCGCAUGCUUUUUUUCAGCGGCAAGACUGCUCGAAUGGGCAACGUGGACGAAGGAGACACCGUGACCGACUAUCUCCCGUCCGAGCGACAGCGCGGCAUCACCAUCCAGCUGGCGGCCAUCUCGUUCCCCUGGAACGGCCACCACAUCAACGUGAUCGACACGCCGGGCCACGCCGACUUCACGUUCGAGGUCACACGGUCGUUGCGCGUGCUUGACGGCGCCGUGACGAUAUUGGACGCCGUGGCGGGCGUCGAGGCGCAAACAGAAAAAGUCUGGCGCCAGGCGGCGGCGCUCGGCAUCCCGCGGCUUGCCUACGUCAACAAGAUGGACCGGGCGGGCGCCGGCUUCAGCCGCACGGUGCGGGAGCUUGUGUCACGCCUCGCCACGCGGGCGGUGUGUGUCAACGUGCCGUAUUUUGCGCCCAAGGACGGCGAGAUGCAGUUUGCCGGCGUGCUUGAUGUGGUGCACUGCCGGCGCUUGGUGUGGACCGACGCCAGCGGAACCAAGAUCGACGCCCAGCCGUUGAGCCCCGGCUCCGACGACUACAACCUCGUGUUGCGGUGCCGAGAGGCGAUGGUCGAGACGCUAGGCGAGCUUGACGACUCGGUGGUGGAGGCGUUUUUCGACGCGGGCGAGGAUUACAUGGCGGUGCCGGCGGGCGCCCUCCAGCAGGCGAUCCAGCGGGCCACCGUGGCGUGCGCCGUGACGCCCGUGUUGUGCGGCUCCAGUUUCCGCAACAUCGGCGUCCAGCCGGUCAUGGACGCCGUGGCGGCGUAUCUUCCGUCGCCGUUGGAGGCGCGGUUGCCGGAGGUGACCACCACGAACAGGAAGGGUUUGUCUUCCUCCUCCUCCUCCUCCUCCUCCUCCUCCUCCUCCUCCCUCGCCGUGCCCGUGGCCGUGGGCCCCAAGGGCCUCGUGGUCAACGGCGACCGCAACUUGACCGUGGCGCUCGCCUUCAAAGUGGUGACGCACGCCACCCGCGGCGUCAUGGCCUUCUUCCGCGUCUACUCGGGCACGCUCGCGUCCAACUCCACCGUCAUCAACACCCGCACAGGCAAGAAGCUCCACCUCCGCCGCCUCAUGUUGAUGCACGGCGACGUGCCCGAGGAAGUGGCGCACGUGGCGGCCGGAAACAUCGGCGUUGUUGCCGGCAUGGACGACGACAUCGCCACGGGCGACACGUUGGUGCUGCGUGGCGCCACACACUCCAAGACGUUUUCGCCCGCCGAAGCGGCGCUCCGCAUGCAUGCCAUCGACGUGCCGCCGCCGCUCUUCAACGCGGCGGUCGAACCACUUACGGCCGGCGACGCCCGCCACAUGAACGAAUGCAUCCGCACGCUAGUGCGCGAGGACCCGUCUUUGCACGUCCACGUGGACGAGGACAUGGGCCAGACGGUGUUGAGCGGCAUGGGCGAGUUGCACCUUGAGAUUGUGCGCGACCGCUUGGUGAAAGACAUGAAGGCCCGCGUGCGCCUCCGCGACGUGGCCGUGUCGUACAAGGAGACCGUGGCGCGGCCAGACGGGCGGCCUGUGCGUGUGGCGGCGGCCGACUACCCGGACGUGUACGUGGACGUGGCGUUGGACUCGUUCGAAGGUGCUGCGGCCGAGUCGCUGUUUGCGCAAGAGCAGGGCGCCGUGCUUGUGGGCCACGACAACAACGUGGUGGUGUUGGGCGACGGCGCCACGCCGCAGGCCAUGACGCAGGCCGUGGCGGACCGCCGCUGGAAGUGCGAUCAGUCGUUGGAAGACUUGCAGGGCCUCUUGGUGCAGGGCUGUGUCACGGGCCUUCAGAUCGGCGGCCCCGUGUUUGGGCUCCCGUUGCACUCGUGUGCUGUCCGCAUUGUGCUGUGGAACUUCCCGGCGGAGGAGAAGACGGUGCCGCCGGCAAUUUUGCUUGACGUGGGGCGCCGGGCCGUGGCCAAGGCAGUGGCCACGCUUGCAGAGAAAACAGCGUCUGGCAGCUCCGGCGUGUCUGCUUUCGGCGUGUUGGAACCUAUCAUGGCCGUGAAGGUGUACGUGGAGCUGGACGUGUUGGGCGAGGUGGUGCAUGACUUGAACAGCCGGUGCCAGGCCACCAUUCUCUCCAUCGACGACGAGUCCGACAGCUUCGAGGACCAGAACUGGGCGCGUGCCGAGGCAGAGCGCCUUUUCUUGCCGCCCGACUACACGAUGAAGACCGAGACGGGCGAGCUCAAAAACAAGAAAACCAUUGUCGCCGAGGCGCCGCUUCGCGAGAUGGUGGGCUAUCUUUCGCGCUUGCGCUCCAUCACCCAGGGCCGGGGUGCGUUUGAUAUGUCGUACCAGGGCAUGAGGCGGGCGAACAAGGCCCGCUUGGCGUCGAUCAAGAGCGAGUUUGCAUUUAUGUGA